UUAAGUGAUGUUGCACGCUUGUGCAUGUGUGUGAGUGCGCGUGCGUUCGUGUGUGUGCGCGCGUGUGUGGGUACCUGUGUAAAUGUGGUAUGUGUGUGUGUGCGCGCGCGCACGUGUGUGUGGGUACGUGUGUGUGUGGCACUCCGCGUUCCCUGUACACGCAUGCUGUCUUCGUGCGGUUCACUGCCCGCCAGUUGUUUGGCGUAAGUGUCCUGCUGCACUCGCCUUGUGGUUGCCGUUGCAGUUUGUGUGUGAACACGCCAGCUCUGCCUGCAGCAGCAGCAGCAACCACACCAGCAGCAGCACGGAACAAUUUGCACGAGCCAGCCGCAUCCAACUCGGUAUUCAGAGUCGCAGAGCAAGUGGUGGUGGCUUCGGUAUAUAGGCGAAGGCGGUAAUCGUGGUGGGUGGAGGUGGGUGCAACAACAACCCUAGUAGUCGUUGUAGUGGGCCUGGUGGUUGACGCUUGCGGUCAAGCCAGUGCACACGCGUUCACAAGUGACCUUUGGGAGGAAAUGCGACAGGGGACACAUAUCCGGACUCGAGCGAAGGUCAAGGUGUAGUCGCACGUACGGACGAACGGAUGACGGUGUCGCGGUAAACUGGAAGCAGACGAUCCAACCUUUGAAUGUGACAAAGGUCACGUGACAGCGGCACAUACAGCAGUGGAACUGGUGUGCUCCACUUGCUUCCGCUCAUCUGUGGAGACGGGGUGGAGGACAAAGCAGGGGGAGGCUAGAAAUCACCGUUCCUGCGCCAGAAUCGUGGUGCAGUGGUGGCACGAGUGUUGACGAUCACGACUUUGGUAGCAAUCUACAUCUUCUACUGAGUCACGUGACAACCUCCAUUUCCCCCACCCUUUCUUCUAUUCAUCCUGUUGACGCCUUGUUGGUGGUAGGGUGAGUAUGGAUCUGUCCUCGAUGAGGGCGGCCGGUGAUGCACCAUAUGCAGGACCUCGUGACCCUGGGAAGCGCAUCAGGUUUCUCCAUUCGGUGCUGCAGGAGAGGGAGAAGGUCUCCCCGUCGAGAGGAAAGCCCCACGACUCUUCCACCAAAUCCUCGGGCAUCUUCGGGCACGAUCCGGCAAACUCCACACGCUCCUUCAUUCUCGCGAGAAAGCCUCGCCAGCCCUCGAACGACAGCAGCACGAGGCCCAGCGACCGCCAUGCUGGCAGUGACCGAAAUCCCGUCGCCAAAAGGGCGCGAAAGCAGGCGUGUCCUAGGAAAAGACUGUGCCAGGGACGGGUAGACACACCCUUGCCAGCGGUGGAGGCGGACUACACGGCGUCCGAACUCCUGCGAAAGAUGUGUGACGUCAUGACUUCACGCCAUGACGCCACCGGCCGGGUGUCGGGGGCCGUGCGCAAACUGCGAGCUCGCGACUCUGUGCCACGAGACGCCACGUUCGCCGCGGAGCCCUCCUCCCCUCGACCCCAAGACUCCAUCGCACUCGAAACUCCACUCCAGGGGGAUUCCCCUGAGGCAAGCCUCCACGGCGCCUCUGGCCCGCCUAGUCGGGAGAAGCGCAAAGAGCUGCGCCUCUUCGGCAAAGAGUACACGUCACCUUCGGGGAGGAUCUACCCCGAACGAAGGGUCCGGGAGAAGGACUGCUCCAAGUGUCGCUACAACUGCUCGCAGAACGUCUCCCCUGCCCAGCGCCUGGCCAUCUUCACACACUUCUGGCGCCUCGACUCCUACGUCAAGCGCCUGCACUACUACUGCCACAGCAUCCGCGAGAAGCCGGCCAAAACCAUGACUCACACGCGCGAGUGCUCACGGGAGUACACCUUUCUGGUGGACGGCAAGCGGGUGCGUGUGUGCAAAGGCUUCUACCUCGCCACCCUGGACGUGUCGGACAAGGCCGUCCGCAUCGCCAUGGAGAAGCGCAAGCAAGGGAGGGCCGUGUGGGACAAGCGGGGCCCGCAGCAGCACGGGGCCACGUGCAAACUGCGGGACACCUGCCGACCAUGUCAACAUGCGGGUACCGCUCUCUUCACCGCCGCACUCGGGUGUGAUUGCGACUGCGACUGAUCAGCAGUGCUCAGGCUUCACGUGUAGUCAUGCAAGGCUGAAAGAGUCGCCAGUCCAUGUCACAAGAAGGUUGGGGAGGGGUCUGUCGCCAAAUUAUAGCGGGUAUGAGAAAGGGGAUGGGGGAAAUAAGAGGUGGUGUUACACGCGAGCCAGCAACAAAACGGUCAGCCCUCAAAUGAAUGCCUCAUGCUGAAAAAGAAGAGCAUGUAUAAAAUCCAGAACACGUGACACUGUAAUAAUGUAAUUGAAGAAUAGCGCUAAACAAUUGCGCCAUCGCGGCCACCGCAGGAGACGUUUGAUUAAUCAGAACAGGACUUGGAAAUAGGAAUUCUGUAAACGUCCCCUCAAUUGAACAAAGGGCAGGGAACAUGAGUAGUGGCAUUGCAGUAUGACACAGUAGUGAUAACACUGAUGACAACAACCAUAACAGUAACAGUUUGAAUAUGAUAUUAUUUUCUAAACUACGUAGCAUUUCUUUUUUGACCAAGUGACCAGAACUUUGUGUUGGUGCAAAAGGGUGAAAUUUCACAGAUGAUAACAGCUGUACUAACCAAUCAUCAAUUGCAUUGACAAUUUUUCACAUGGGGGCGCUAACAGGUGAGUGCAAAGAUGCACUCAGUGAAUUAUGAGUUAUUGGUGGUUUAUUUUGAAUGGAACUCUAUAAUAAUCAACCUAUGGUUACCUGAAGGUAGAAAGUAUCUGUAACAAUCUGUAUCUGUAUCUGUAAUUCUAGUCUGAUAUGUGAAGACUGCAAUAUAAGUGACACACACUCAUGAGUGCGGAAACAAAGACAGCAAAAACAGAUCCUUACUUAAUAAAAGCGUUAUCUACUUCAAAACAUGCAAAUCUGUGAGAACAAGGCCAUAACAAUUUUGGUUUUGCAUUUCUCAACUCACUCACACCUGUAGGCCAUUUGUGUAGUGCUUAAUGAAUGCCAAGAAAGCCACAGCGAGAGGAAAACUUGUAUCAGUCUCAGGAUUCUAAGGUUAAAAAAAA